UGUUUGUUUGGUAUAUUAUUCUUCAAUGUUGAUCUCAAAUCAGUUUUUCCUCUACCUAGUAAUUACAACUUGUACAGGGAUCUAGUUCUAGAUCAGUGUGGGAAGUAACCUCUUGUGAGGAAGUGUAAACAGGUGGUGCAGGUUGGGGAGGUUACAGUUUAUGUGUGCAGCAGGGAGGAUGUUUCUAACACCAUAUGUAGAGACACAAGACAUCAAGAGACGGAAGACUACCUGAAACCAGAGGGGACACAAGAUCAUGGAUAUCUAUUUGAGGAAAAUUGUGUGUGUUCUAUGUGCUCUACUCCUUAAUGCUAGAGGCUCACUCUCCCAGCUAGAUGUGUGUGGUCGGCCUCCACUGAACACCAAGAUUGUGGGUGGUGAAAAUGCUGGUCCUGGGUCCUGGCCUUGGCAGGUCAGCUUUCAGACAAGUGGCAGCCAUUUCUGUGGUGGCAGCCUGAUCAAUCAGAACUGGGUCUUAUCAGCGGCUCACUGUUUCCAAAGCAUUACUGCAUCUGAAAUCACAAUCUAUCUAGGAAUGGAAAAUCUGAUAGACCCUAAUAGAUCACAAAGAAGCACUAAUAACAUUAUCAUCCACCAAGAAUAUAACGAUGACACUUUGACCAAUGACAUUGCGCUGGUCCAGCUCUCCUCUUCAGUGAAUUUGACUGAUUAUGUCAUGCCGGUGUGCCUCGCAGCAAGCAGAAGUUCUUUUCCUGGUGGUACUAAUGUCUGGGUCACAGGAUGGGGUAAAACCAGUUCUACUAAUCCGGUGCUCCCCCAAACCCUGCAGGAGGUGCAGGUGCCGAUUGUCAGUAACAGUAACUGUAAAAAUGCAUUUACAUCUGGUUUAGUCACGGACAAUAUGAUGUGUGCUGGCUUAGCUCAGGAGGGAAAGGACAUAUGCCAGGGUGAUUCUGGAGGUCCACUGGUGGUCAAGUUCAAUGGAACCUGGAUUCAGGCUGGGAUUGUGAGUUUUACCUCUGACAAAGGAUGCGCUGUACCUGGUAUACCCGGUGUGUACACCAGAGUGUCCAAGUACCAAGACUGGAUUAACAGCAAGAUCAGCAGCAAUCAACCUGGAUUUGUCACAGUCUCAACUGGCAAUCGUGGCUCCGCCAACCUCUUCUGUCUGUUCCUUUCUUUCUCCAUCAUCCCCUUCUUCCUCUCCCUAUAAGGGCUGGUCAAUCCAUUAGGUGUCAUAGGCAGCCACCUAGAGCCUCACCAAAUCCGAUUAACAGUACCGAGCCGCAUUUAACAUUCCUCAUAUUUUUUCUUACCUCAGCAAAGUUUGUUUGGUCAAAUUGGUUUGUUGGUGCCCCCUAGUGCCAAUGUAAAUUAGCAGCAGUAUGUGCAAGGCUGUAUUAUGUGCAAUAAGACACUCAUCAGCGGUGUCCAUCCAUCCAUCCAUCUUCAACCGCUUACUCCUUUUCAGGGUCGCGGGAGAACCUGGAGCCUAUCCCAGGAAGCAUCGGGCACAAGGCGGGGUACACCCUGGACAGGGUGCCAGUCCACGCAGGGCACAAUCACAUUCCCAUACACACACUCACACACACAUUCAUACACUACGAACACUUUAGACACGCCAAUCAGCCUACCAUGCAUGUCUUUGGACUGGGGGAGGAAACCGGAGCACCCGGAGGAAACCCCCGCAGCACGAGGA